GAACAGUGAAACCUGGACUCUUAAAAUGGAAGGGGAUUCUUGCCAAUGACUGAGAUUUCGUCCAUGGAAAACUGCUAGCUUACAGUUCUCCAAAUGGCUUCUUUUGGGUGGAAGAGAAAGAUCGGUGAGAAAGUUUCAAAAGCUACUUCUCAGCAAUUUGAGGCAGAAGCUGCAGAUGACAAGGAUCUGGCUGAUGAUGAUGAUGGUAACUGGGUGCAUGCAACUAAGAGAAGAAAGGAAGUUCUCUUAGAAGACUGUGUAAAGAAAAGUAAGCAGCUGAAGGAUGAAGGUGCAAGCUUGGCUGAAAAUAGGAGGUACCGAGAGGCUAUUCACAAGUGGGAUGAAGCGCUUCAAUUAACUCCAGAGGAUGCUACGCUUUAUGAGAUGAAAUCACAGGUCCUGAUGUCUUUACAUGAAAUGUUCCCAGCGGUGCAUGCAGCAGAAAUGGCUGUCCAGAGAAACCCACGUUCCUGGGAUGCCUGGCAGACUUUGGGACGUGCCCAGCUCGGAUUAGGAGAGAUAGCACUGGCAAUCCGAAGUUUCCAGGUAUCCCUACACAUCUUUCCAAUGAACCCUGAAGUAUGGAAAGAGGACCUUUCCUGGGCAAGAAAACUACAUGAACAGCAGAAGGCAACAAAGACUGAGGCAGUGCAAGCACUGGCAAAAGAAAAAGACCCUGCACAAGAAUCAAUCCCAGACUAUGACUUUGAAAGUGAUGAAAUUGUGGCAGUCUGUGCUGCCAUUGCAGAGAAAGAGAAAGCUCUUUCUGCAGCUAAAACGGUGGUGAUUGUGUCUGCUUCAGGCACAGUAGAGACUGUUACUGAGAAUGAGAAUUGUCCUACAAGUCCUGAUGAAACCCUUUUCAUCAGAGCCCGAUAGGGCAGCCUCAUGGGUUGCCAGUACUGGCAACCAGUUACAGUUACCAGUACUUUAAGAACUAGUGUUAUUUAUUGUAUUGGGCUUGCUUUGGUUUUGUUUUUUAAGCAGUGGGAGAGCCCAAAAAAGUUAAAGAAUAGAAGUUUCUUUUGUAAAUUGAAAAAGCAAGGACCUGAUUUGUUGUUCCAUCCAUAUUUUUGGAGAAGAAAGCUGAGAGUUGAUUCUAAAAGUCUUGUGAAGAAAUGUAAUGUUAAAAUGCUUAACUACAUUCUAACAACUGCUUUCAUCUUUCUGUAUUUCAUAAUUUUACAAGUUAGUGUCUGCAUUCUCCCAGUAAUUAAUAACCUUUAAACUGUGAAAGAAAAAGGGAUUUUUUAAAAAUCAAUUUCAGUCCUUAUUCGUUAACAUUAUUUAUCUUCCAGUUAAAGUGUGAACUGUUCUCUGUUAUCAGGAGUCUCUAUUUUCAUUAAGAUUACUUUUCCUAUGAAGCAGAGCUGUGUUAUUGUUUUGCUUCUGUGUGUGUGUGAGAUAGAUCUGGCAUCUGAUUUGUAGUUAAUUGAAAUCAGUAGAAACCCUUAUGUUGCUUUCAUAGGUGAACGGGUUGAACACUUUCUGAUUAGAUGAACAGAAAUGCUAUACCAAACAAGCCCCUGAAUGCUUAGUUAUUACUUAAUGUUUCACCAGAAGAAAGAACGUUCAGCUGAGACUGAAAUUGGCCUUUCCUUAUCUUGAGGGCUGUGCUACAGACAUGACCAGAAGUAAAAUGGUGGGAGUUGGAAAUAGGUAUGUCUGAAGUCUGUUACGGUUAGCCUUUUCUUUCCUAGUGAGGCUAAUCUGAUAAAGGGAGUCAAUUUGUUUUUCCAAAUUCUCAUGACCUGCCAUUUGAAGUAUGUACUUAGCGGGCCAGUUUUUCAGGACAGCAUUGACUGAGUCUUCCUUUUUAUCUUUUUUGGAUUUUGGAUUGGGGUGGUGGGUAUUCACAGUGUGUUAAUUUAGAGGCACAACAUAAGGGAUUUGUUUAAUGUUCAUCUUUCUUUCGGGGAAGGCAGCUGUUGGUUCAGAGAAACAAAGUCAGGCUGUUUCUUGGAUGUGCUCCGUGCUGAGACUGCUCUCUCUUCAUUGUCUCAGAGACGUGGUAGAGAUGGUUGCCUCCUAACUGCACUGGAAAAAAUGGUCAGCUGAGGGAUUCCCGGAGAAUUCAGGAUCAGGAAUACGUAAUUUCUACGUGAUAACAUUUUACAUUAUAAAAACAUUUGAAUAAUACUUUUGUAGACAAGUGAAACCUUUUGAACUCGGCCAUCUUUGCAUUUUUCGCAUCUGAUUUCUAUUUUCAGAAAACCACAUUUUUAAAGGAAAUAAUCUUGCUCGAGAAGCAUACUGAUUUUUGCAAUACAAAGUGGACUGUAGAAAAAUUACUUAUCUCAGAUCAUACUCUCAGUUGAGUAUCUUAUUCAAGGGGACACUUACAGUCUUUGCAGAAAUUAAAUAUCCCUUUCAAAAACUUGAUUGCCAUGUUGUGCUUAUUAAGUUUUCAUUAAUUUUUGCAAGAUUCCUCCUGAAUGUAUUUUUCUCUAUAUAUGAAUUUUCAGACCUGUGCUUGCAUGCACACACACAAAAAAUUCACACUUUUUAACAUCUCCUGAAUAUUCAAGAUAAAUAUAAUGACAGCAACUAAAAUAUAUUAAGAAAUGUAAAACAUCACCAUGCUACAUUUUUAUUUGUUCAUUCAGUUCAGAAAUAGAUCAUAAAUGCUUACUGAAUAGGCAUUUGAUAAGAUAUGGUUUGAUAGACAGCUUAAAUUGUCACCGUUGAAGAAUUUGUUCAUCUUAUUUUUCCUACCAACUUAAAUAGUAAUACAAUCUAAUCAACCAUAGGAAGAGUUAGUAUGAGAAGGAUUUCGGCAGAUUUCUUCAAAGAGGAGACAUUCUCUGGCUAGAACAGGAAAUGUGCAGGAAGCCAUAAGGUGUGUUUCCAUUCUGAAGGAGCUCGGCUAUACUCCAAGACACCUUUUAUUUCUUUACGCUCUAUACUUGCGUCAGUGUUACGUGUUUACUCAUACAGGAAGGACUGCCUCCCUCCUUUCAGAGGUCACCGUUAUCACAGAAUCUGUUUCCACUGAAAUGGUUCACAAAAUUCCCGUUGACUUCAGCACUGCUGGGCCAAACUGGUGGAGGGGUGCACAUCUGCACCAUCAGGCAGAAUGGCUGCCCUGGGCUUGAGGGGUGGUGGUUUCCAUGCCCUGUACGAAAUGCAUUUUCCUUCUGAUUAGAUUAGGUUAUGAAUUCUAGGUGUUGCGGGGACUGUAGUGUCCUAUAGAGCACUGUAGAGCAGAUGAGUUCUGACACUGUUACACUGAAGCUGAGCAGAAGUUCAAAACCUGAUGAUUUCAACAUUGGUUUUUGUACAACAUGCCAUGUUCUGCAUGUAUGGGAUUUUUUUGAUCUGUUUGAAUAAAAUGCUGAC